GAUUGAUUUCAAAUUCAAAUAUCUAGGAGAAGUUUGAUUAUAAAUGAGAAUGGAGAUCCUAUUCUUUUUAAUUUCAUGUCUGCUUUUAUUUACGAAUCAUCAUCACCUGUUUUGUCCAGUGGAGGCAACGCAGAACUUAGAAUAUCCAUAUUCAUUUAUGACAGCAGAUGCUGAAAAGGCUGCUGCGAGAACGUAUGAUUACAUUAUCGUUGGAGGAGGUACAGCUGGAUGUCCUCUGGCAGCAACACUGUCACAGAAUUAUUCUGUUUUGGUAUUGGAGAGGGGAGGCUCUCCCUAUGGAAAUCCCGUCACUGCAGACAAUAAAGACUUUUUCAAGGUUUUUGGCAACGCCAGUGAUUAUCCCUAUGAACUUGAGGGAUUUGUGACAGAAGAUGGAGUGCAGACGGCAAGGGGAAGGGUUCUGGGAGGUGGAACAUCCGUCAAUGCUGGCUUCUACAGCAGGGCAAGCCUUCAAUAUAUUCGAAAGAUGGGAUGGGACGAGAAGCUUGUGAAUGAGUCAUUUGAAUGGGUGGAGAGAUUGAAUGCAUUCAAACCAGACAAGCUUUUUGUUUGGAGUUCUGCUGUCCGGGAUGGACUUUUGGAAGCUGGGGUGCUUCCUUAUCAUGGGUAUACUCUGGAUAAUUUGGUAGGCACCAAGAUAAGUGCUACAAUUUUUGACAAGAAAGGUAGUAGACACACAGCUGCAGAUCUUUUACAAUAUGCAAAUCCAGAUAACAUUGUAGUUCUUCUGAAUGCUACAGCCAGCAGAAUCCUCUUUGAUUCCUCAACAGGGAAGUUGAAAGCCAGUGGCGUGGACUUCAUCAGUAGCACCGAUGGCAAGUCUUAUCAAGUAUCAGCCAACAAAUCAUCAGAUCUGAGUGAGGUUAUUUUGUCCGCAGGACCCAUAGGUAGCCCCCAACUUCUACUAUUAAGUGGAAUAGGCCCAUCAGAUGAGUUAGAAAAAUUGAAUAUUACUGUGCAUUUAGAUCUGAAAUCAGUAGGGAAAGGGGUUCAAGAUCCACCUCGUUCAACAGUUGUCAUCGAAUCUCCUAAACCAUUGGAAUUUGGUAACAUACAGGUUGUAGGUAUAAUAGACAAUUCAAACAUUUACAUUGAGCCUACUAGCUAUUUCAGAGAAAUAAAUGCCACUCAUAAACAAUAUUUAGGUGCAAUAUUUAGUAAAGUGGCAUAUCCCUUAUCAAGGGGUGAGCUGUGGCUUAGAAGCAAAGAUCCCCUAGAUACUCCUUAUGUAAGAUAUAAUUAUUUUUCUAAUCCUUUAGAUCUACAAGAAUGUAUGGUUGGUGUGAAGACAUUGUCUCAUAUUAGCAUGACAUCUGCUAUUCAAGAGUUUGCAUUUAAUGUUAGUGGAAACACAAAGAUGCUUCGAUUUAGUGGAUCGGCACUGCCAGAAAAUCCAUCAGACAAUGAUGCCUUGGCCAAGUUUUGCAAAGAUACACUAGCAUCAAUAUGGCAUUAUCAUGGAGGAUGUCAAGUUGACCUUGUUAUUGAUCAAAGGUAUCGUGUCAAAGGCGUUGAUAGUCUAAGGAUUGUUGACAAUUCUAUUUACAAGGAUAGCCCAGGGACAAAUCCUCAAGCCACUACUAUGAUGCUUGGAAGGUACAUGGGACUUCGCAUCCUCCAAGAACGCAUGCAAAAUUGAAAAUACUAUAAAUUAAAUUUUCUUCAAAUAAAUAUGUUAUAUUGUAUCCUUACAUUAUCCAGCAGAAUAAUACCAUUUGUGCUGUAAUCCCAGAUUACAUAAAUAAUCAUGAUGUAAUUUAUAAUUAUAUUAUGAAUUGAUAACACUAAAAUUUAUAGUGUUGUGGAAUAUCAAUGCACUUCUUUAGUUA